AUGCUGGCUGUGGUACGUCGACAUCGCAGCAGUGCUGACGUGCCUAUUCCUCUUCGUCUCGGCCAUCCACGUCAACACAUGGGGCGCUUCAACUCUGCCCUGGGCCUUUUUGGUCUCGGUGCUCUUCUCGUCUGUCUCGGCAGGGUAUCGGGGACAUCAAUUCAGCCUCUCGUCGACACGACAGCAGGCACGACCGCCACCACUGCUCUAGACAGUCCGAUCGCGAAGAGCGUAACGCCAUACGUUCCGGACGGCGCUAUGCUGUUCUUUGGAGGCGCCACAGCCAUCGGGAUCAUCCCAAGGACGGAUGAGAAUCCUUCGACCGGACCGCCUAUCCAGCUACCCGUCCCUUCGACGACCUGUGGCGCCGAAUCGGGCUCUCGGCAACGGACGCUUCGAGGACCGCGCAAGCAGGCCAACCGACGCCAAUGA